AUGGGCCGUGACAGUCAGAACAUCGAAGAUGGGUUUCUUUUGCUGCUUUUCUGGCUCGAACGCCAUGAAUUGGAGCCGGUGGUAAUGAGGGCGGUGGGGGGGGACGGCGCGCUGCCGCGGUACUCGCAGGAGGAGCUGCGGCGGGCGACGGGCGACUGGCGCACCAAGCUGGGGGAAGGCGGCUUCGGCGCCGUCUACAAGGGCAUGCUGCUGCUGCCACGGGGGGGCGAUGGGGACGGGGGAGAAGACGGGGUAGGAGAUGGGGGAGAAGAUGGGGAAGGGAGCGGGGGAGGGGACGUGGAUCAUAGGGAAGGGAACGGGGGAAGGGGGGACGAACGGGAUGAGGAGGAGGUGGAAGGGGGGAUGGGGCCUGGGAUGGAUGGUUUGGAAGUGGUGGAAGUGGGUGGGAGGGAGUUUGUUCCGGUGGCGGUGAAGAUUUGCUUGACUGACGAUGUGGAGAGCGGGGCACGAGAACAGCUGCUGACGGAGAUCAUGACGAUGACGGCUCUGCACCAUCCCAACAUUCUGCGGCUGCUGGGAAUGGCUUUGAUGGGCCGGAAACUUGCCAUGGUCUCUGAGUUCGUCCCAGGGGGGGAUGUUUCCCAGCGAUUACAGAAAGCAGCCAAAGGCACAGAGCCCUUCCCUUGGAAGGAGCGGCUGCGUGUAGCCAGGGGGAGUCUUGAGGGGCUGGCAGCCAUUCACAGAGAGGGAUUCAUUCACCGCGAUUUCAAGGCCGCCAAUGUUCUUGUAACAAAGACGCUCAUUCCCAAGGUGGCGGAUUUCGGAUUGGCCAAGGCAUGCCAGGACAAGACACAUGUCACGACGCGAGUGGCUGGGUCGUGGGGCUAUAUGGACCCAUCGUACUUUGAGAGAGGUAUGCCUCCUGUGAUCAUGGCUCAGUUAUGCCUCCUGUGA